AUGGCUGGGAGGGAGGAGCUGCUGAGUAACUACUGGGAGGUGGAUCAGGGUGAGCCGAGCUCAUGCCGGGAGGUGGAUCAGGGUGAGCCGAGCUCCUGCCGGGAGGUGGAUCAGGGUGAGCCGAGCUCCUGCCGGGAGGUGGAUCAGGGUGAGCCGAGCUCCUGCCGGGAGGUGGAUCAGGGUGAGCCGAGCUCCUGCCGGGAGGUGGAUCAGGGUGAGCCGAGCUCCUGCCGGGAGGUGGAUCAGGGUGAGCCGAGCUCCUGCCGGGAGGUGGAUCAGGGUGAGCCGAGCUCCUGCCGGGAGGUGGAUCAGGGUGAGCCGAGCUCCUGCCGGGAGGUGGAUCAGGGUGAGCCGAGCUCCUGCCGGGAGGUGGAUCAGGGUGAGCCGAGCUCCUGCCGGGAGGUGGAUCAGGGUGAGCCGAGCUCCUGCCGGGAGGUGGAUCAGGGUGAGCCGAGCUCCUGCCGGGAGGUGGAUCAGGGUGAGCCGAGCUCCUGCUGGGAGGUGGAUCAGGGUGAGCCGAGCUGCUGCUGGGAGGUGGGUCAGGGUGAGCCGAGCUCCUGCUGGGAGGUGGAUCAGGGUGAGCCGAGCUCCUGCUGGGAGGUGGAUCAGGGUGAGCUGAGCUCCUGCUGGGAGGUGGAUCAGGGUGAGCUGAGCUGCUGCUGGGAGGUGGAUCAGGGUGAGCCGAGCUCCUGCUGGGAGGUGGAUCAGGGUGAGCUGAGCUCCUGCUGGGAGGUGGAUCAGGGUGAGCUGAGCUGCUGCUGGGAGGUGGGUCAGGGUGAGCUGAGCUCCUGCUGGGAGGUGGAUCAGGGUGAGCUGAGCUCCUGCUGGGAGGGAGUCCUGAACUGCUGA